GCGCCCAACGGACCAGGCUGCGGCCGUGAGGUAACUGUUGCAGCGCGCGGGAGCUGGGAGGCGACGCCGCCGUCUCCCGUCCCGAGCCGCGCUUGAGGGAAAAGGGAAGAGGCGUCCGCGGCCGUCCCGGGACACCAAGGAGCCCUUCUCGCCGCUCUCAGCAGCCGGCAUGAGGCGGACGCCGCCGCCCCUCAGCCCGCGCGCCGGGGAUCCCGGGCGGCGGCGGCGGCGGGCGCAGCCGUGACCGCUCCGCGAAGCUCGGGGCGCCCAGAACGCGGAGGGCGGCGCGGGGUUGGCGAGCGCCAGCGGCCCCCCGGCGGCCCGGGGCCAUGAGGAAAGACGAGCGCGAGCGGGACGCGCCAGCCAUGAGGUCUCCGCCGCUGCUGUCGCCGCCGCCGCCGCCAGGCUCGGCCGCCUCGCCCCCCGAGAGCCUGCGCAACGGCUACGUGAAGAGCUGCGUGAGCCCGCUGCGGCAGGACCCUCCGCGCAGCUUCUUCUUCCACCUCUGCCGCUUCUGCAACGUGGAGCCGCCGGCGGCCUCGCUCCGCGCCGGGGCACGCCUCUCGCUCGGCGUCCUGGCCGCCUUUGUCCUGGCCGCGCUGCUGGGCGCGAGGCCCGAACGCUGGGCGGCCGCGGCGGCCGGGCUCCGGACGCUGCUGAGCGCCUGCUCGCUCAGCCUCAGCCCGCUCUUCAGCAUCGCCUGUGCCUUCUUCUUCCUCACCUGCUUCCUGACGCGCGCGCAGCGCGGCCCGGGCCGCGGCGCCGGCUCCGGCUCCUGGUGGCUGCUGGCGUUGCCCGCCUGCUGCUACCUGGGCGACUUCGCGGCGUGGCAGUGGUGGUCGUGGCUGCGUGGGGAGCCGGCGGCGGCGGCGGGCCGGCUCUGCCUGGUGCUGAGCUGCGUGGGGCUGCUGACGCUCGCGCCCCGCGUGAGGCUGCGGCACGGCGUCCUGGUGCUGCUCUUCGCCGGCCUGGUGUGGUGGGUGUCCUUCUCCGGCCUCGGGGCACUGCCGCCCGCGCUCAGGCCUCUGCUGUCGUGCCUGGUCGGGGGCGCGGGAUGCCUGCUAGCCCUGGGCUUGGACCACUUCUUUCACGUCCGGGGAGCCUCUCCGCCGCCGCGCUCGGCGAGUACCGCGGAGGAAAAAGUGCCUGUGAUCAGACCCCGGAGGAGGUCCAGCUGCGUGUCGCUGGGAGAAAGCGCCGCCGGUUACUAUGGCAGUGGCAAGAUGUUCAGGAGACCGUCGUUGCCUUGUAUUUCCCGAGAACAGAUGAUCCUCUGGGACUGGGACUUGAAGCAGUGGUGUAAACCUCAUUACCAGAAUUCUGGAGGUGGAAAUGGAGUUGAUCUUUCAGUGCUAAAUGAAGCUCGCAAUAUGGUGUCAGACCUGCUGAUUGACCCAAGCCUUCCCCCGCAAGUCAUUUCUUCUCUGCGGAGUAUCAGUAGCUUGAUGGGUGCUUUCUCAGGUUCCUGUAGGCCAAAGAUUAAUUCUUUUACACCAUUUCCUGGAUUUUAUCCCUGCUCUGAAGUAGAAGAUCCAGUAGAGAAAGGAGAUCGAAAACUUCUCAAGGGAUUGAGUAGCAGAACCAGUUUCCCAACUCCACAGCUGAGGAGGAGCUCAGGAGCCUCAGCAUUGCUAACUAAUGAGCACUGUUCAAGGUGGGAUCGCAGCAGUGGUAAGAGGUCUUACCAAGAACUCAGUGUUUCAAGUCAUGGAUGCCACCUAAAUGGACCUUUUAGUUCAAAUCUUUUGACAAUUCCAAAGCAGAGGUCAUCAUCUGUGUCACUGACGCACCAUGCAGGUCUGAGAAGAGCUGGUGCUUUGCCCAGCCUCAGUCUUCUGAAUUCUUCAAGCCAUGUACCAGUGUCUGCUGGCUCUCUAACUAAUCGAUCACCCAUAGGAUUUCCUGAUACCACUGAUAUUCUUACCAAACCGAAUAUUAUUUUACAUAGAUCACUGGGCAGUGUAUCAAAUGCAGCAGAUUCCCAUCAGUACCUGAUGAGGAACCCUGAUAGCAAUCUGUGUAGCAGCUGUGGACACCAAAUACUCAAAUAUGUUUCAGCAUGUGAACCUGAUGGUACAGACUGCCACAGUGAAAAAUCAGGUGAAGAAGACAGCAGUGUUUUCUCAAAAGAACAAUUGAACAUUGUGGAAACUCAAGAAGAAGAGGCAGUGAAGAAAGACUACAGGGAAUUAUUUUUGGAAGGUGAUAAUCACCUAAUGGAAGAGGCACAACAACCAAAUGUAAAAGAUACUUUCAAUAACAUUAUGUUAAAGAUCGACCAGGAAGUGUCACUGGACCCGGUGUUAGUAGAAGAUUAUGAUUCCUUAAUAGAAAAGAUGAACAACUGGAAUUUUCAGAUUUUUGAGCUUGUAGAAAAGAUGGGAGAAAAAUCAGGAAGGAUUCUCAGUCAGGUUAUGUAUACUUUAUUUCAAGAUACUGGUUUAUUGGAAACAUUUAAAAUUCCCACUCAAGAAUUUAUGAAUUAUUUUCGUGCAUUAGAAAAUGGCUACCGAGACAUUCCAUAUCACAAUCGUGUACAUGCCACAGAUGUCCUACAUGCUGUUUGGUAUUUGACAACACGACCAAUUCCUGGCUUACAGCAGAUCCAUAAUAACCAUGAAACAGAAACCAAAGCAGAUUCAGAUGGUAGACUUAGUUCUGGACAGAUUGCUUACAUUUCUUCGAAGAGUUGCUGUAUUCCAGAUAUGAGUUAUGGCUGCCUAUCUUCAAACAUCCCUGCAUUAGAAUUGAUGGCUUUGUAUGUGGCAGCUGCCAUGCACGAUUACGAUCACCCAGGAAGAACAAAUGCAUUUCUAGUGGCUACAAAUGCACCUCAGGCAGUUUUAUACAAUGACAGAUCUGUUCUAGAAAAUCAUCAUGCUGCAUCAGCUUGGAAUCUGUAUCUUUCUCGCCCAGAAUACAACUUCCUCCUUCACCUUGAUCACAUGGAAUUCAAGCGUUUUCGUUUUUUAGUUAUAGAAGCAAUCCUUGCUACAGAUCUCAAAAAACAUUUUGAUUUCCUUGCAGAAUUCAAUGCCAAGGCCAAUGAUGUAAAUAGUAACGGUAUAGAAUGGAGCAAUGAAAACGAUCGCCUCUUAGUCUGCCAGGUAUGCAUCAAAUUAGCAGAUAUCAAUGGCCCAGCAAAAGAUCGGGAUCUACAUUUGAGAUGGACAGAAGGCAUUGUGAAUGAAUUUUAUGAGCAGGGAGAUGAAGAAGCAACCCUGGGUCUACCCAUUAGUCCCUUCAUGGAUCGUUCUUCUCCUCAACUAGCAAAACUCCAAGAAUCUUUUAUCACCCACAUUGUGGGCCCCCUGUGCAACUCCUAUGAUGCUGCUGGCCUGCUGCCUGGUCAGUGGAUAGAAGCAGAAGAGGGUGAUGAUACAGAAAGUGGUGGUGGUGAUGAUGAUGAUGAUGAUGAUGAUGAUGAUGAUGAUGAUGAUGAUGAUGAUGAUGGUGAAGAAUUAGAUUCAGAUGAUGAAGAAACAGAAGACAAUCUAAAUCCUAAACCACAAAGAAGGAAAGGUAGGCGGCGAAUAUUUUGCCAACUAAUGCACCACCUCACUGAAAACCACAAGAUAUGGAAGGAAAUCAUAGAAAAAGAAGAAAAAUGUAAAGCUGAGGGGAACAAACUGCAGGUGGAUAAUGCCUCCUUACCUCAGGCAGACGAGAUUCAGGUUAUUGAAGAAGCAGAUGAAGAGGAAGAACAAAUGUUUGAAUGAGAAGAAAACUCAUGCUGAAGAAGCCUGGGGUGCUAUUCCCAGGGUCAUUACCUAAUGCUCACUGUACUGAUUCUCAACUGACCAUUCCCACGUGGACACGCCUUAAUACUGUGAGAGGAUCCUUGCUACCCUGGCAGUUCUUUCUCCUAAGCACUUUCAUUACAAACUAGAAACUGAUUCUUAGAGCUUGCUGCAGUUGAGCUGCAAAGCCUUCCUCAAAGCCUUCACUGGUGUGUAAAUAGUGUGUCAUAAUGCUGCUUUGCUGGGUAGUGAGCUCUUAUUUCUCAUGAUGAGGGAGGGGAGGCUAAAACUGAAAAGUCAAGUGACUUCGGUUUUUGAAGUAACCAUAUUUCUUUUAUGAAAACAGGAUUCAUCUUGUAUUUCCAAAUAUAUCUUUUAUGUCUUUGUUUGGGGGUGGGGUGGCGUAAGAUACAAACCUCUAUGCUUAAUACAAAAAUGAAUUCAUUGUGGCCUUUCUGAGUGAUUUCUGCUCGUGGCAGUAUACUGUUCAAUGUGGUUCUCCUGGCUUCAUCGAUGAAGGACUGAGGACCUUUGUUAUACUUAACAAAACCCAGAUGCAUCAAUUUCUGAUGCUUUUUAUUGUUCUGUAUAAUCUACUUAUGUGUUUUAUUUCUGCCUAAAGUAUUCAGGUUUGCUAUGGACAUCAGAAGUCUGAAUUCUGUUCUUACUGAUUUUGUUCCAUGGUUGAAUUUUAAAAGUGUAUAACAAUGAAGGAGCUUUAUUCUUUAUUCAAAUCUGUUCUUAUUUUUAUUCUUUCUCAGGAUAAGAAAUUUUAAACAGUUAUUAUAAACAUGGCAUAGAUUUGCCAGAGCAAAAACAUUGUCUUAAUAUUGAUAUUACCUUUUAUGAAAUGAGCAACAUUUUAUUUUAAUUAGAGCCAAGAAAAAGGAGAUGGCCAUCUUUUGCCUUAAUGGAAAAUCAAAUGAAACCAAUCCCAUCGAAGAUAUUGCCUAAAUAAUUAGUUAUCUUUAGAUAUAUGUCUUAGGUGUCUAGUAAAAUUGACAUUUUUUUGUUGUUAAUAUCUUUCUGCUUCAAGAGUACAUGGCAGAGACGACACAUUACUAUGUAGUAAUACUACAGCCCCACAGACUGAAUUUUGAAGUAAAGUACAUAAUGAGAAUGCAUAUUAAUUUUUAAUAAAUUGCUAUAAAAUAAAUAUGCUAUGAAUAGUUCAAUAAAUAAUUCCAUAAAUGCAUAUAAAAUAAUUUACUAAGAAAACAGGCCACAUUUAUAAUGUUUAUAUAAUUUCAUUAGAGUGCGGCUAUGUGCCAUAGUUGUGAAAAAUUAUUGAAGUUAUACAAAGCAACCAAAAUGAUACCAUAAUGGUAAACUGGUUUCUUAUUAUCCUUUAAGACCAUACAAAAUUUUGGAGCCAUUGAACUUUGUGCACAGUUAACUGUCAGUUUCCACAGUAUUUCCUAUAUAGUGUGAUGCUUGAAUUUCUUACCUGCCUAAGAUAUUUGGGUUGUCUACAAGGCCGCAGUUAAAGAUUGAUUAGAGUACUGGUAUUUUUUGAUCCUAUAGGUAUCAUAUUUAAUGAAUCACUACACUUUAUUUAUUAAACAUGUUGAGUGCUGAGUUCCUUCCUUUCCUUUGCUACCACAACUACAUCAUUUGUAAACUGGUCCCACCAUAUAUUACUAAGUAAUAAAAUUUUAACUGAUAAUCUAUUGAACUUGCAUUUAUAUAAUCCAGUGUGUAUAUUUCUCUAAAAUGUGUUUUAUAUCCUAUGGAAAUAUAUUUAUUCUGUUACUUUCUUUCAAACAGAAAAUAUAUAAGCGUGUUUAAGUUCAUAAAUGUAUAGACAUGUAUUAUCAGAAUCAAGUCUCUAAACUGUUAUGUUAUUUAAAGUUCACAUUGG